GUAUUGAUCGCUUGACUGAUUUUGGUGGGGCUGUUUGCCCUUCAACAUUUUGGGACACACAGGGUUGGCUUUGUUUUUGCUCCGAUCUUGUUAGCAUGGCUCAUAUGCAUGAGUCUGGUUGGUUUAUACAACAUAAUACAUUGGAAUCCAGGAAUUAUCAGAGCUCUUUCACCAUAUUAUGUAGAUUUCUUUUUCAAAAAGGCUGCAAAAGAUGGAUGGAGUUCUCUUGGAGGAGUUGUUCUGUGCAUCACAGGUGCAGAGGCCAUGUUUGCUGAUCUUGGUCAUUUUUCUCAGCUUUCUAUUCAGAGGCUGUAUUUUGGCCAAUAUUGGUCAUCGCCACCCACAGCUGUGGCAAGUCAGACAAUUAUUUCCACUACUUUCUCAAUAAUCAGCCAAUUUAGAGCGCUGAGGUGCUUCCCUCGUGUCAAAGUAAUACACGCAUCAAGCCAGAUACAUGGGCAGAUCUAUAUAUCAGAGGUGAACUGGAUCUUGAUGGUUCUGUGCAUUGCCAUUGCUGUUGGCUUCAGAGACAAAGAUAUGAUAGGCAAUACUUACAGUACAAUCUCUGUGCUCUCCUUUGCUCUCAAUUUCUCUUUCUAUAUCUCCUAUCUAGUCAAAGUGGUAUAUUUGUUUUCUACUAGGUCUUCCGGUCAUCGCGGUAAUGUUUGUUACCACCUGCUUGGUGUUUCUUUUAUUUUUGGAUCUUUGGAAUUGUUGUAUGUUACUGCUUGUUUUGGCAAAGUCCACAAGGGGUGCUAG